GCUUGCCGUUCAUCAGUAGACAGGGUUUGAUGCUGAGGAGAGAGCAUCUUCACUGCAGCACUGUUAGGCCGUAUGUUUGGGUUGGUGUGAUGUCUGACAGAGGACUGUCAUUAUUAUUAUUCCUCCAUGUUGUUUUAUCGCUGUGAUUCCAGUCUGAUCCGGAUCUCUGGUUCCGCCUCCUGAGCUCAGCCAUGGUGGAUCUGGCCGAAAGUGGUGCAGUGUUGGCCGGCCACGGCAGACACGGACCGGGCUCUGGCUCUGGCAAUAACGGGAAGAAAACGUCGAAAAAGUCGCGAACGAGGAGAGGAAAACGAGGCCGGAGGAGAAGGAAUAAAAAGAACAACAGGAACAACAAAACACCACCACCGUAUUUACCACCGGAGGCUGAAGAAGGAAACAUUGAAUAUAAGCUGAAGCUGGUCAACCCCACUCAGUACCGCUUCGAGCAUCUGGCCACGCAGCUGAAGUGGCGUCUGCAGGAGGGCCGAGGCGAGGCCGUCUACCAGAUCGGGGUGGAGGACAACGGCCUGCUGGUUGGCCUGACGGAGGCCGACAUGAAGGCCUCCCUGAAGACCUUGAAGAGGAUGGCAGAGAAAGUCGGGGCCGACAUCACGCUCCUCCGAGAGAGAGAGGUGGACUACGACUCAGACAGAAACACUCGCAAGAUCGCAGAAGUUCUUGUUCGAAAAGUUCCUGAUGAUCAGCAGUUCCUGGACCUGCGGGUGGCGGUCCUGGGGAACGUGGACUCGGGGAAGUCCACCCUGCUGGGCGUCUUGACGCAGGGCGAGCUGGACAACGGUCGAGGCCGAGCUCGGCUCAACCUCUUCAGACAUCUGCACGAGAUCCAGACGGGACGCACCUCCAGCAUCAGCUUCGAGAUCCUGGGCUUCAACAGCAAAGGAGAGGUCGUGAACUACAGUGAGUCCCGGACAGCAGAGGAAAUCUGUGAGAGUUCCUCCAAAAUGAUCACCUUCAUUGACCUUGCAGGACACCAUAAGUACCUGAAGACCACCAUCUUUGGCCUCACCAGUUACUGCCCCGACUUUGCUAUGCUGGUGGUGAGCGCCAACACCGGCAUCGCCGGUACGACUCGGGAGCACCUGGGCCUGGCCAUGGCGCUGAAAGUUCCCAUUUUUAUCGUGGUCAGUAAAGUGGACCUGUGUUUCCGCGGCACCGUGGAGCGAACGGUCCGACAGCUGGAGCGAGUCCUGAAGCAACCGGGCUGCAACAAGGUUCCCAUGGUGGUGUCCAACCCCGACGACGCCGUGACGGCAGCACAGCAGUUUGCUCAGUCAGCAUGCAUCACACCCAUCUUCACCCUGUCCAGCGUGUCCGGUGAGAGUCUGGACCUCCUGAAGGUUUUCCUGAACAUCCUCCCUCCACUGAGCAACAGCAAGGAGCAGGAGGAGCUGAUGCAGCAGCUCACGGAGUUCCAGGUGGAUGAGAUCUACUCGGUUCCUGACGUUGGGACCGUGGUGGGAGGAACUCUCUACAGCGGAGUGUGUCGGGAGGGCGAGCGGCUGGUGGUCGGUCCGACAGACGAGGGCCGUUUCCUGCGUCUGAAGGUGGGCAGCAUCCAGAGGAACCGCUCGGCCUGCAGGGUGCUGAGGGCAGGACAGGCGGCUACGCUGGCUCUGGGAAACUUCGACCGCUCGCUGCUUCGUAAGGGCAUGGUGAUGGUCAGUCCCAAGAUGAAUCCAACCAUCUGCUGUCAGUUUGAAGCCGCCAUCGUCCUCCUCUUCCACGCCAAGACUUUCCGUCGGGGGUCUCAGGUCACUGUUCACGUCGGGAACGUCCGGCAGACGGCCACGGUGGAGUGUCUUCAUGGAAAGGACGAGCUUCGAACAGGUGAACGGGCCGUCGUUCGCUUCCGAUUCAUCAAACACCCAGAGUACCUGCGGCUCGGCGCCAAGCUGCUGUUCAGGGAAGGCGUCACUAAAGGCAUCGGCCACGUCGCUCGCCUGCUGCCCCCCUCCCAGAACCAGGACCAGAACCAAAUCCACGACCAGAACCUCCAGGAGCAUUAAAGAUGCUCCAUCUCUGGAUGGACAGAUGUGGAGCUCCGUGAGAACUUUAAGGUCCUCUGAUUGGGUUUACCAUGGGGUGUGUUAAUCCGCCUGUCCUGGAUCUAUAUUCCUACUCUUAGUCUUUCCCACCAUCAUCAUCAUCAUCAUCAUCAUCUUCCCCCAGGAGACGUCGGCGUCUUGAUGUAAAGCUGGAUGACCUCAGCGGACCUGAUGUUGCGCCACAGAUUGAUUGGAAAAAGCCGUUUGUCACGAUAAGCGGGAUUAUUUUGGGGGGAUUUGAGGAAUUAACGCAGCAGUUCUGCUUCUUUGCUGAUGGACAGACUCCUCCGUUCUCCAUCCCAUAAUGCAACAUGCCUGCAUGCUCAGACUGAACAUGACAUCUGCUGAGGGAGAUGAUAUUCAGAGGCGCUACUCUGAGGUGAAGCUCAUUUCUGACGGUUGAGUUCGUUCUUCAUGUUCCACCCCGUUAACUUCCUGUAUGUUCAACCUUUUCUACAACAGCUGAGCGUUUCUAUGGAGCUCCACAGCUGGAUAGAUCACUGAUCACUUGUGUGGACUAAUCGCAAGUUAGCAACAAGUUUCUGUUGAAGCAGGAACCAAAGCUACAGGAUUUUGUUUCUCUGAUCAGUUAUGGAGGAGCACCCCGGUGUUACCCCAGUCUACAAGGGCAGCUGUGGGUUUGUUUUCUACAGAUCCGUUGUUCAUUCUUCUUAAUGAAGGCUGCAGCUGUUUGUUGACAGGUGGACGCCCUCAGAGGACAGUCUGAUGUCUCACCUCCACUCAGCCUCCACCUCUGGGCUCGUUUCUGGAUCAACCAGGACUUAGGAGCCACUGAGCUUCAGAGCUGCUGCUGGGGAACCUGUGGGUGAUGUGACAUCUUUCUACAGUCAGUGUUCAGGACAUAGACAGAGCCCACAUUCUUUAUUUCACCCAUUUCAGCUGCACUUCCACAGUAUGUCCACCGUGGACGUACGGCUUCAUCAUGACAUCGUGCCUUAAGCUUCCUUCGUUUAUCUGUUUUCUUUGUGAAAGGAUUCUUUGUCUUUAUGGGUCAGAUACUGACACUUAGAAGACGGAUCCUCUAGAGGAUUGUGGGUCAGAAAAGCACACUGGUUUACAUCCAAGGACAUCCUGGUAGUUCUGGUCAACAUGGCUUCAUUUUUUGACAUUUGAUAAGGGAAGUUUUGGGUCAAACUAAAUCUUUCUUUGGCGUCCCCCCUACAUCAUACUACUGGAGUAUUCCUAAAGGGAUGCAGCAACACAUUUUGUCAAACAGUUUACUUCCUGUUAGACCAGGGGUGUCAAACUCAUCUUAGUUCAGGUUCCACAUUCAGUCCAGUCUGAUCUAAAGUGGACCGGACCAGUAAAACCACAGCAUGAUAACCCAUAAAACUCCACAUUUUUCUUUUGUUUUAGUGCAAACAAGUACGUUCUUCAAAUGUUCAUAUUUAAUGAACAAAACAUUACGAACAACCUGAAGUUUCUUCAGAAAAAUAAAUUCAGUUUCAUCAGCAUUCAGCCUCAGUUUAUCAUUUCCACAUUACAACUUCCAAAGGAACACAUUUAGUCAUGAUCAAAACGACAGUCUGACAAGAAAAGACAAAAUAUCACAAAAAUGAAGCACAAAGUGACGAGAACUAAAUGACAGAAAAUGAGACAAAUGACAGGAAAUAAACAGAAAAGAGAAAAAAAUGGACAAAUGACAAAAAUGAGACAAAACAAUUACAGAAACGACACAAAUGAGACCAGAAAUGACAAAAAUAAGAAACAAAACAACAAAUUGACAAAAAAAACUGAAGUGAGACAAAGAAACACAAGACAACAAAAAUGACACACAAAAUAACAGCGAAACACAAAAUGACAAAAAUAAGACAAUAAACACAAGCAAAACAAAAAGGAAACACAAAACGACGAAAACAAGAGACAAACGACAAAAGUCAGACAAAAAAAGACAAAAAACAACAAAAACAAAGCAAAGUAUUACAAAAAUGAGACACAAAGAAAAAGAACAAAGAAUAAUCUAGUAUUUUACUUUACGAUCCAAACAACUUGUCAUGGACUAGAAAAAGACACAAAAUAAAACAAACUUGUCAUGGCCUCAUAUUGGACACCCCUGUGUUUGACGGUGGACUGGGUGCUAUGUUACCGUGGUUACCCAGCUAGUCUGCGGUCCCUAAACAUUGAGACAUGUCGAAGACGUUUGCUGCUGUUGGUCUUCAGCAGAGAUCCUCUCCUGCCGUCCAGCAGCUCCACAUGAGCCCAGAAAGACCGAUUCUAUGGAAUGAAAGCUUUCUCCAGUGUUCUCCUUCCUGCCUCCCACUGAGUUUGUUCAGCUGUUGAAUCCUCCACAUCCACUAUCUGUAUUUACAAUGAAUGACUCUGAUGUUUGCAUCUUGGUUUCGCGUUUGUCCAGACGAUGUUCAGCUCUGAUCUGAAACGCGUGAAGGUUCGAUGUCCGGCAGCUUUUUGCAGUGAAACUUAACCUGCAUGCUCUGAAACCCUCUCGUUUAUCUGGUGAAGUGUUGAUGCAGUUUUUUUAUUUUCCUGAGGUUCUGUGCAAUUAUAAAACUAAGUAUUGAAUGUACUCUCCAUGAUGUUGUGUGGCAUUUGGAAGUGGAGCUACCGUUGACUUUGCACUUUCUAUUCUGAUUGUGAGACGGCAGCUUUAGGGUGGAGUUAUCAGUCUGUUUUUCCUGCUGACCGUCCCUCCAGCCGAUUAAUAACAUCAUAGUUCAAAAUGAAA